UAGCUUACACGUUCUCUUCUGUCACAUGACAAAAUCUGCCUUUGAAACUGACUUUCAGACUGUCCCCUUAAAAUUUAUAAUUUUUCUAUUACAAAACUGUCUUGCAGUAUGUCGGCUUCGAUUUGCUGUAGAUGCAACGAGGAGAUCUGGCCCAGGGCAGUUUGCAGCUCGGGCAAGACGUACCAUCCGCACCACUUCACCUGCAAGGACUGCGGCCUGGUGGUGGAUCCUACGCUGUUCUUCGCAGUGGAGGACGACGUGGUCUGCAGCGAGUGCUAUCUGGACAAGCAUGCCGUCCGGUGCUCCGCGUGCCGGACUCCUAUCCUUGAGCGCGGCGUGACUGCCGCGGAGCGCAAGUGGCACGAAAAGUGUUUCCGGUGCGUGAGCUGCAGCAAGCCGCUAGUCUCGGCGAGCUUCUUUGAAGUGAACGGAUACCUGUUCUGCAGGUCGCACUACCGAGAACUGUUUUCGUCCCGCUGCUCAGGCUGUGAGAAGCCCAUCGAUCGCCGAGCCGUGGUUGCGCUGAGUACCAAGUGGCAUGCCAAGUGCUUCAAGUGCCACCUCUGCCGUAAAAGGAUCAGCGCUCGGGAAUUCUGGAUCAAGAACGGACAACCCAUUUGCCUAGCCUGUCAACCUGUAGCCUCGCAGCCCCGAAAUUUGUCAGCCCCAUAAAUGUGUAGAGUAGUGUC